AAGCUCCCUUUCUUUUUCGCUAUAUAAGUCACAGUUUGCAAUAAAGAGCUCUAUUACUGACAAGAUGGAGGUUAUAUUUCAGAUUGUACUAUUCAGUUUCCUUAUAAUUGCUGCAGCUUGGUCCAAUCCAGGGUCAUCAUACCAUUACGAAUGUAAUUCGAAUACAGGGCAAUAUAAAUGCACUUCUAAGCGUUGCACAAAAACAUUAGAUGGUACAUCAAAUUGCAUCACUAGCGUUUCCAUCCCAACAAAUACAGCAGCCCAGCUCAAAUAUACUCGUACAUCCUACAAGUACUCUUGUAAUUGGGUUAAAUGCACCCACAUACGAUGCACCCAUUAUUUCGACGGUCAAAAAAAUUGCACUACUAGCUUAACUACUCCAUCUACCUUAGUAGCCCCAAAUGCUAAAAGCCAAAAUCAGUAA